AUGAACUUCAAAAACCUUGGGGACACAUCCCAACUAGACGGGAGGCCAGCUAGCAAUCUCCCAUUAGCUCGCCAGUCUUCUAUAUACUCCCUCACAUUCGAUGAGUUCCAAAACACACUUGGUGGACCCGGAAAAGAUUUCGGGUCCAUGAACAUGGAAGACCUCUUAAAGAGCAUUUGGACAGCUGAAGAGAGCCAGGCCUUUCACUCAUCCACGGUUGGGGCAAAUGGGAGUGGCUCGGGUGGAAAUUUACAGCGGCAGGGAUCUCUUACACUGCCACGUACACUUAGCCAAAAGACGGUCGAUGAAGUUUGGAGGGACGUUUUAAAGGAAACAACUGGCGUACAUGGUGAAGGUUCGAGCUUGGGCCAAAGGGAGCCUACUUUGGGCGAGAUGACACUUGAAGACUUUUUAGUUAAGGCGGGUGUUGUUAGAGAAGACGUCCAACCUGCUUUGAGGUCAAACGGGCAAUAUAUAUACGGUGCACCAAAUGGGAAUGCCUCGGGUUUUACUGGAUUUCAACCGCAGCCAUCUCAAAAUAGCGCCAUGUUGACCAGUCAACAGGCGGAUAAGAACAGUAUUAUUCUAAAUUCUUCGAAUGUGGGGAUUAAUAUGAGCUCUGCAACUGUAACAACAUCUUCUCAGCAGCCACAAUUACAGCCGUUAUUCCCGAAGCAAACAACCGUCACUUUUUCCUCACCAUUACAAAUCGGAGGAAACAACUCUCAACUCUCGAGCUCCGUUGCAAAGGGGGGGCCAAUAGUUGGAACAAAAAAUGUCAUGAAUAAUAAUAGUACCAUGGUUCAAGGUGGGCCAGCGGUUAUAGGUGGUGGGUCCCCUGUGAAUAAUAUGUAUGCUGAUACAGUCGUGAAGAGCUGUGUGGACACGUCACCAUCUGUGUCACCUUCGCCUUAUAAUUUUGGGGAGGUCGGGAGAGGCCGGAGAUCGAACAGUUCUCUGGAGAAAGUGGUGGAGAGAAGGCGGAGGAGGAUGAUCAAGAACAGGGAGUCUGCUGCUAGGUCGCGAGCUAGAAAGCAGGCAUAUACUCUGGAGCUGGAGGCAGAGGUGGUGAAGUUGAAAGAAAUGAAUGAGGAACUGAGGAGAAAGCAGGCAAGCCCUUUAUUUUUUUUAAGGUGGAAUUGGAUGAGGCUCCUGGAGAAAAUGAAUAAGCCCUGGGGAGAGAAAAGAAUAUGCCUGAGGAGAACGCUAACCGGACCUUGGUAA